AGCAGAGCUGGAGGAGAAGUGAGUGGAUGAGCAUCACUGAGGUGCCUGGAGAUGACUGGAGUAAUCCUCUCUCUCUGAACACCAUAUAUAUUUUCAGGAUGAAUUUUCGCUCAAAGUUUAAUGUCAGCACACAGGGCGAACAGUUUUCGGGCAGACAGUGCCAGUCCUGCGCUGGCACUAUUUUUUGGAGCCCAAAAACCGCAUUUUAGUGGCGACCACGGACAAAUCACAUUAACAGGCAUCGGCACUUGCAGCUCACCUCGCCGGGUGAUGGAGGUCCGCCAUUAAGGGCUUGAGGGGACCGGACUCAGUCGGAAUUUCGCCAAAAUUACGACGGGAAUCAAGUACAGCUCCCUGUCUCUAGGCAACGGGAGAGACCACCGGCCGCUCGUGAUGUCUCGUGCCAAGGAGCGGCUGAAAGGCGGGAAUGAGACCAAGGACAGCGUCACUCUGCUGCCGUGCUUUUAUUUUGUAGAGCUCCCUAUCCUGGCCUCCUCUGUUGUCAGUCUUUAUUUCCUGGAGCUGACAGAUAUUUUCCAGCCGGUGCAUUCUGGGUACAGUUGUAAUGACCGCAGUCUGUCUCUACCCUACAUCCUGCCCAGACAGGAAGUCUGCCCACUGCCUCUGCUCUUCAGCUUGGCAUUCGCCGCUCCCACCGCCACUAUUCUGAUAGGAGAGGCCAUUCUGUACUGCUAUCUAUCCAGGAGGUCAUCAGCCACACAGACUGAGGCCAAUAUCAACGCUGCAGGCUGUAAUUUCAACUCCUACAUUCGCAGGGCUGUACGCUUCAUAGGUGUCCAUAUCUUUGGCCUGUGUGUGACAGCACUGAUAACUGAUAUUCUCCAGCUGUCCACUGGUCAACACACCCCCUACUGGUUGGAUGUAUGUAAACCCAACUUGACCCACAUUAACAUGUCCACCUGUGAUGAAGCUUUUAUUCUGGAGGAUAUCUGCUCUGGACAAGACAUCGGGCUCAUCAAUGUUGGGAGGAAGUCUUUCCCCUCCCAGCAUGCAACUCUGGCUGCCUUUGCUGCUGUCUACAUUUCAAUGUACUUCAACACGGUACUGACAGACUCAGCCAAGCUGCUGAAGCCUCUCCUGGUAUUCUCUUUCGUCAUGCUGGCCAUCCUUGCUGGGUUAACCAGGAUCAUCCAGUUCAGAAACCAUCCUGUCGACGUCUACUGCGGAUGGUUACUGGGAGCUGCCAUCGCUGUUUAUCUGGGUGUAUAUGCAGUGGGGAAUUUCCAGCCCAGUGAGGAUCGGUCCAGAAGUCGACCACCUCCCCCCACCCUGAGAGAGCCCCCCCUAUCCUCCCUACCCAAUGUCAGCCAAUCAGCAAUUAGCAACAGCCAACAAGGUCACCACAGCCUGGCUCCCAGCCAACCAGAGCCCAUCAUCACAAGAACCUCUUCCCACACCUUGUCCCCCAACCAACCAGAGCCCAUCCUGACACGAAGCUCCUCCUACCGAGAGCCCUCUCUGUCCAAUCUGAAGAGAGCCAGUGCUGAGGUGGAGGUGAUAACUCCAUCCAGUCCCCUGGGCAACCAUGACAACAUGAUGACCUUCAGCAGCAGCACACUGCCAAGGUCCCACGGAGGCUCCUCAUUAGAGGAGGGCCGCAUUCCUCGGCGUCACGCCUCCAUCCACACCUCAAUGGACUCAACCCGAUCCAAACAGCUGCUCAGCCAAUGGAAGAAUAAGAAUGACAACAGGAAACUGUCCCUGCAGGUGAUGGAUGGAAUAAGACCAGCCUCCUCCUCAUCUCCGCAGAGGAACAUGGAGCUGCGCUGCUCCUCUGAACCUUCCGCCAUGGGCCUGGAGGCAGAGCUCCGCGGUGGAACACACCUGCCUAUAGUCACUGGUCAGGAAGCAGAGCUGCGUGCUGGUGCCCACAUCCCAGCUCAGUACAUGAAACUAGCCGCAAGCUCUGUUCCUAUGGCAAAUCAUAAUCACCUGGCCCAUAAUGGCAGCACUGGAUUGGCUGGUGGGGCUAGAGUGUCUAUCCAAUCCCGACCUGGAUCCUCCCAGCUGGUUCACAUUCCUGAGGAGGAAAACCCUACCUGCAGGGAUCAGGAGAGUGAAUCAGAGGACAGCAUUAUGGAUGGGAGUGGGUCAGUGAGGGAAAAGUGGCUGAGAGUGGCUGAGAAGACCACCAUCCCCUGUAGGCCGCUCAGUGCUGGAGGACAGCCUCGUCUUAUGCAGGUGAUAGCCUUAUCCAAACAGCAGGGUCUGCUUCACUCUCCUCGGUCAGAGGAUGGUGGCAGCACUGUCAGCUGCACCGGAUCUAUUCGGUACCGAGCCCUGACGGACCAGGACCCAUCACCACCGGCUUCCACCACUGGAGCAGUAGGAGGAGGAGGAGGUUUGGAAAGAACUGGCAGUAUAGUCCGUGUUGAAGCCCACCCAGAAUCCAGAUCAAACAAACCUGUGGUGAAACCUCCGAGCACCGACGGAAGUGGCUCCUGGCGAUGGAAACCACCAGAACAACGAGCUUCGCUUAGACAGUCAGCUUUCACGCUCAACGACCUGAACAGACACACAGACAGCUGUGAUUCGCUAAGGGAUGGAGGGUCAGUGGAUGGGCGGAGGAGCGUGACAGGGACCGAAACGGAGAGUGAAGGGGGAGGAGAUGGAGGAACAGGAGGAGAAGGGGGAGGAGGAGGUGUAUACCCAAACCAUCCACAUGUUGUGCAUCCGUUACAUCCCUUACAUCCCAAUAAUCCCAACAAUUUCCAGCACCCCAAUUUUAACCCCAACAAUCCCAGUAACCCCAACAACUUCCAGCAUCCCAAUUUUAACCCCAACAAUCCCAAUAACCCCAACAACUUCCAGCACCCCAAUUUUAACCCCAACAAUCCCAAUAACCCCAACAACUUCCAGCACCCCAAUUUUAACCCCAACAAUCCCAAUAAUCCCAACUUUAAUAACGCUCACUUUAACUUCAACCCCAACUCUACUAAUUCCAACAUGCCCUUCACCCCCACUGCCACCUUUGCUCCUCCUUUCCACCCUCACCCUCAGGCCAUCACUACCAUCAGGGUCACCCCUGUGGAGGGAACGGCUACCAGCAGCGAUGGCGGCUCAGACUGCCAGUCGGUUGCCUCGUCCAGCCGUGAGUCCACCCUGAGGAGGAAGAGUGGCUCCCACAUCGUCCACGUCCCUGAUCGAGGGCCCACCCCUGACCUCCACAACAACCACCGCCUCUGUGACGACAGUAACCGCCUCGACAACGAAAGCACCAACCGUUUCCACGAAAACCUUCGAAGUUUUCAAGAAAACCCCAUCCACCCUAACCACCCCAACCACCCCAACAGGCAGGUACAGGGGAUGUUUGGCCGUCCCAGCCCAACCCCCCCGCCUACCUUACCCCGCCCCAUCCUGACUCACACUCCGCCUCCUAAUCUGGGGUUGGCCUAUAAAGAAUGACACGCUCAGUGUUAAGUUCAUGUGUCCUACUUGACCAGUACAAAAUUUCAAUGGAGAUGCUGCUUGGGCCAUACAGGCCUUCAGAUUGGGCCAAAAAUGAAAGGAAAUUUGGAUAAAUCUGUCCACCACCCAGGGUCAGGGUCUUGUUUGUCCCAUCCACAACCUCUCACCUGGCCAAUUAGGGCACAAUAUAUGGCCAAUUGUGUCCCAGCUGGUUAAGUACCCAACUGGAUAAAUGUUGACUAGGAGACGUACUGUAGGCUUAAAAACCUAUUAGCAACAGGUUCAUGAUCCACUUUGGGUCACAAGCCAUACAGAGUACACAACACAAUUAGCCCUUCCCCUGAUCUUCAACUAGCCACUAAGAAAGGACAAUAGUCAGGGCUCAACAUAUGAGGUGUGCGUUUGAUUAAAGAUUUUUCCUUGUGUUUUUUUUAAUGUAAUAAAUCGAGUGCACUUGCUUCAUAGGCACAAGGAUAAUGGGCUAAAUAAGAGACUCCAGCCUCCUUGGUGUAUCCCAUAGCUCCCUGCCAGCGAGGAUGGAUUCAGCCUAAUGACUUUGCCCCCCUUUCCUCUGACUACCUGGUCAGCUGUAAAUGGGAUAACAUUCUUUUCACAACAUUUAUACAUACAGUAUAUUCUCAGCUUUCACCCUGUUGUCAAACAUAGGUAACAAUAUUGACAUAUAAACUUUGCAAUUAAUCACAUGCCAUUAGAUGGAAAUUUGCAUUCAAAGCCCAUAACUGUGCUGUGUUUGUUCAUAUGGUUGUGGGUGGCCACAGUGGAAAUUAAACUCACAGUCUUAAUUGUGUCUGGGCUACAAGGAGGCCCUUUUGGGCAAUAACAGUAUCUCUUAGUUCAUGGUGGUAUUGUGUUUGUGUUGGAUAAGAACAAUAUCUUGGGGCAUACAUUGUGUUUCAAUAUAGUAAAACAAGCGCUCUAUUUUUUACUUGCUGUGUUUUAAUGAUGUGCAGUAUAUGAAUUAUCCUUACUGUGUAGUAGCUGUACUGUACACUGACACAUGCAGCAUGUUAAUCAUCUGACUUACACCAUACACAAGUCCAAAGACUGAAGGAAGUUAAGUAUUUUGUUUUCUUUUUUUGGUUAAUUUAUUUGGUUAACUCAUCAGCAUUACAGUAUGGGUGUAAUUACGAUUGAGUUUUAGGGCAACUGUUGGGACAACAGGAAUCUAAUAUUUCGAGAACAAAGGUUGCAAUGCUAUGUGAUAAAGUUGUAGUUCUAUGUGAAAAAGGUCAUAUUAUUUGAUGAGAAUAGUUGUGAAAAGUUGUGAUUUUACAAAAUAAAAGGCAAAAUAAUAAUAAUAAAAUUACAUUUAACAAGAAAGUACAAUAUUACAAGAAUAAAGUCAUAAAUAAAAAAAGUCAUUACCAGUGAUGUUGCUAGGUACACGUCCCGCAUCUCUGACCCAUUAAAAUCCCAAAGGACGCAGUAAACUGACUAUCGACGCGUCCAGGGGGCUCACCCUUUUUUUCCCCUGACAAUACGUGUUGAAAUCAUAUAAAUAAACUAAAGAAACCUCCCUGUCAAAAAACUUGGUAAUUAUUAUCAGGCUGCAGCCUCUGAUUUGCUCUCUGUGUCAGGGCUGAGCACACACACACAUGCACGCAAACACACAGGAGCGUAGUCAGAUCAGACAGGCCGCGUGGAGAUUACUUGAGUUGACUUCAGCUACGCUCGUUACUGUAAAUAAGUGCAAUAAAAAGCCAAUACGUUAUCAUCAACUUUAUCUGUUCAACAAGCAUAAACAUGUGAACUAGUAGAAAGCUUUAAUUUAAUCUGCUCUGUCCGCAGUCUGGUCCACCGCCGCUAUGUUUACACAAGCACAGUGAGCUAGCUCGGCUAAUAGCGAAUUGUUACAAACAAGCUCAAACAACGCUGUCUCUAUGUAGUCUAGUUUAGUUUGCCAGAUAUCUUAAAAUUUGGCAAAUUCUUGUAAAUUUAGCUGCUGGCUGAGACAAAACAGCCUCUCCUCCCUCUUACCUGCAGUGAAUCACAUUAGCAGCAGAGGGAGGAGGACCGAGGACAGGAGGAAGGACUGAUACUGACUGAUGUCUGAGUUCUUCAUUCUUUCUAAACCAUUCAGCAUUUUGAUGUCAAGAAUUAUUUUUCCUAACAGUAGACUUGAUGUGUCUGUCCUAAAAUCUAUGAUAAAACCUAGGACUUUAGAUCCUCAACAACCCUCUGUUUGCCAUGUAGGCUGACAGGCUGCGACAGGCUGCUUUCACCUGUUUAUUACAAUAGAAUAUUUAUAUAAAAAUAUUAUAAAACUAUGCUUUUAUUUGAAUGUUAAACAUUUUUUGUGAAAUUACAACUUAAUUCUCAUACUAUUAUGAGUUUUCUCUUGUGCACUAACAACUUUAUUCUUAACAUAAUGACUUUUCACUAACUUUCACUUCUCACUAAUUUGCUCUGGAAAUCAGUUUCCCCCUUAACAGUGGCCCUAUUUCUCAGUCGUAGCAUCAUAUUCAACACUAACUUUGCUUAGGUGUUUUGCAUGUGUGGUUUAAUUCAUAAAGUAUAAAACAUUUCCACUCAUGGAUGAAAAAAAUCUAAUCGAAUUUUUACUUUUUCAAUGUACUGUUUACUGUUUACUGUUUAGGAGACACAGCACACCAUUUGGACUAUUCAACUGACAUUACUUAUCAUUUUUUCUUAGCCCAGUAUUUACAUUCUUUGUUUAACUUGUGCCCAAGUGCCAUCAAAAGAAAAGCCAUGUGGCUGUGGGCUAGUCACAUAGAUAUACUGUGUUAGUGCAGGAUUGUAAUGACUCUGAGUAGUCAGUGCUUUGAUGGAAAUCUGUCUGGGAACACAAAGAUCCUCAUGUUUGGAUUAUGUAGAAUUUAAGAAAGCACACUUACGGCAGCCUGAUGACAGUGUCAAAAUGACAGAUAACAGAAUAGGGUGGAUAGUUAUAGCUGUACAUAUCUGUAUAAUUUCUGUAAACUCCCACUUCUGGUCAGAUAUCUCUUUGCUAAUUGCAUUUGUAGGUGCAGGGCCAUGAUGAAGAUUUAGGUGAUGAUGAUGCUGCUGCUAAUGGCGUUGUAACUGUUAAUGUGUUGAUAUGUUUUUAAUGGAAUACACAAUUGCUGAGUGAACAGGAUUCAUAUUCUAAUCAAAAAACAUUUAUUAUAGGGAGUAUUAUAGUUAAACAAGCUGAUAUAUCAAGAGUAUAUGGUUGAGUGUGACAGAUGCUUUUUAAUUGAUACUCAACUCCUACAUGUGUUGGUGUGUUUAGACAAAUGGAUAAAGAAUGGACGCAGUUAAAUAAGAUGUAGUGCUUGCAACCAAGUGCACUGAUUGGUCAACCAACACUGACUAUGUUUGAUGAAAACUAUUCAAGACAGACAUUUUCUAUGCCCAUUCUUGUGGUAUCCAGUGAUCUAGUUUGGUAUGUUUUAUGCUUUUGUUGCUGUCAUUAUUAAUUUUAGCUGGAAGUUUGGAGAGAACAGGGAAUAGCUGGUGUGAACAUUUGGAGUGGUAUAAAAGCUGUAGAUGGUACGAGUCACAUCAUCAUAUUACCUGUACCAAUGAAUACUGUAUUUUCUGACUUCACAAACAGCUAUGUAUUGAGUAAUGGAGACGAUAUUUUGUGUGAAUAUAUUGAUAUUUUAUGUGUAGAAGGUUUAUGUAUGUAUGUGUCUAAGGCCAAUCUUUUUGUACUAGUCCAAACUAAGAAAUACUUGGGCUGCAAAAAAUGUAUGCAGGACCAAUGCUGAAUGUUAGCCAAGACUGCAGCUAGAGCUGAACGAUUAAUUAGGCUAUAGAACACAUUUUCAACGAUGUCUUAAGACGUUCUGUGAAGUGCAAUAAUUACUGAGUGACAGUCAAUUUUGCCAGCUAUAAUAACAACUAUCACUGGCAAAUUUACUCAUCUGUAGCUAAUUAAUGUUAAUUCCUGUAGUUGAACGACUACAGAAUUAAAUUCUUGGCUGUUUUCUGGCUAAUAUGCUCUCUGCAUUCCAGUGUCUGUAUUUACAUUCAGCCAAACCAAAUAAGGUGAAUAGGUAAACUGCCAUGGACAGGUGGACAUACGUGAAUUUGCUUUCAGCCUCAUGAACCUGGCUUCACUUUGCAAAUCUUGCUAAGAAUUUUUUAGUCAAGUUUUCAUAUACAGAAAGUCUUCAUUUAACCAAUAAACAGUUUUAAUUGUCUACACAUAACCCACCCAUUAAUCAAAGCUUCUUUACCUGCCUAAACCAUUUGCAAAUAUUUUCUCAUGACAAACACGUGUAAAUGGCAGAAUACAGUCAUGUUAUUAUUGUAACACAUCUGGAGGAAUGUAGUGAAUAUAAUAACUCUAUUCCCAUAAAAAUUCAUUAUUUUCACAUUCAAAUCUGUGCAUACAUUUCGUGAAUGAUGAUUUGUUCGUUUCCACAAUGCGUUUCCAGCAUGCUCAUUUCAUGACUUUCAGUGACAAUGUGUUUAAAUUUCAAUGAAUACUGUGAUAUAGUAAAACAGUCCCUGUAAAAAGAAAUAAUCACAUACAUAAAUGUGAAUCCCUGUGUAUAGUCUUGGAGACAGAGACAAAGAAGUAUAUUUUGAUAUGAUAGAUGUUUUGGAAUGCGGUUUGUAAUCAAAGGCAAAAAACGUUAUUUAAUUUGAUGUAAAAGGCAUGUCAGUGGAGUAUAAUUUCAGUUAAAUAAGCUACCCGUACUCAGUACAAAUAUCAAUACAAAUAUUUUAAAGUGAAUAUCUGUCACUUCUUUUCACCAUCUAAAUUGUACAUUUGAGUAUAGUUUUAUGUGCUUUUAGCAAAAGCAACAAAGAAAUAUGUUUUGAUGGAAAAGAUAAAUUUGAUAGGAACAUUUGCUCAGCCUUGUAAGAUAUGGUGUAGUGGAAAUGAGAAUUUGAGAAAUGAGGAUUAUAGCUUAUUAACAAAAGUUUAAAAUCAAUAGUCAAAGUAUUGGCAGAGAACCCUCACAGCAUGUUUAUGUUCAUAGCUUAUGUUGUGUUUUUAAACUCUUAGUAUUUCUAUAUGGUUCUCAUCUGAAUUUCUAUUGUCAUUGUUCUAACAUAGUAUUUUUCCAUUUCCAAUUAAGAAGUGACGUUGUUACUUAAUUGCAGUUUCUGUAUUGGUAAAUGUAAUCAUGUUUUUGGUAACAGAUGUGUUUUGAAUGAAGAUAACAGGAAGCUCAGCUUACAUGAAAGAGGAGUAUGUGCUUUUUGAGAGCCCUGUGAGAAUUGAAUUGAAGCCCCAAACAUAUCCCAGAAGGCUUGCAUCUGUGCUAAAAUAUGGUUUAGAGGAGUAAGAGGAGGUACAUUGUUUUUUCAGUGUUCAAGCAAUUUGUGGACACCAAUUUUUGGAACUGUGCCAAGUUUCAAGUAUAGUGAUUACAUUGACACUCCCCUUUAAUGUGUAAUAUGCUCAGCUCCCUGCACAUGAUGUCAUGAUAAACCCAAGAAUUACUGGAAGACUGUCACUGCACCUGAUCAUUACUGCCACAAAAGUAGGGCUCAAGAGCUGAGGCAUGGGCCAAACCUGAUUUAGCUACAGGAAACCACUGUUUCUGCACUGUCCCAUUACUUUGGCUUUGGACUGUAUAGUAAAGGGAUGUUUAAAUUUGCAAGUAAUUCUAGUUGUAUUGUAUGAUUAGCUAUUACAGAAGUAAAUAUUCUAUGAAAUUCAGAUGCUAUUUAGACAUCUCUGAAGCCCUUGUCACAUUGUCGUUAGCUAGAUGCAUUAUUAUCUUCAGCUUGUAAACCUGGAACACUCAAGCAAAACUUGUUUGCAGCUUUAACAAUCAAAUUUCAAUUUAGCCCUUGAUACUAUUAUACGUAUUAUUAUAUUAUAUGUAUAUGAAAACUGAUUGAUCUAGCUGAUGUUGAAGUGAGUCUUUAGUUUGGUAAUGCUACUGGUAAUAAACUAGUUUAAAUAUGGGUACCAGUAUAUUAGCUUACUUGCAUACAAAGGGUACUUGGGUUGGAGUUCGUUAUGCUAGCAUCUACAUAGCUAGCCUCCAUACUACCUAUUGUUACACAAUUAAUGGCCUUCUGGUUACAACACAUGUUCAUAUAUUUAAGCAGCUGGUGAAAGUAUGUUAUAAAAAUAUGUAUCAGAUAGACUGAAUAUGAAUGAUCCACAGAUAACUACUUAAUAAUUAUGUCAUAUUUCUAAUAAUCAAUGUUAUUUUUGUCUUUUUCUUUAAUUGAAUCUCUAUUGAUAUGAUAUAUAUAUAUAUAUAUAGAUAUUUUUGAUUAGUGUAUGUGAAAGAGAACUUUUUAUAUCUACUUGUCAAGUGUGUUGCUAAUUUCCAUGGCAACCAUCUGCACUCAUAUGUGCAUGGUGGGUAUACCUUACAGUUAGUCCUAUAGCCAGCCGAGAGGGAAAUCUUAUACUAACACUGAUGUUGGAAAUCUGUAGUAGUCUGCAACUGUCGCUUGAGGAUCCUGAAAGCAGUCAAAUAUGAUUAACACUUUGCAUUUCUACUGCAAGUCAGUCAGGAAACCAACUGCUGGAAUUCAGUUCAUUUUCUAUGACUUUCUGUGACUCACCGCUGUUGCCUCACAGCAGACAGGUCAGAUCAGCAUUGCUGUAGGUUUCGGAUGCUCCUGCAACCCACUGAUACAACAGAAAGCAGUUUGGUUUUUCUCAUCAUAUAAAGGACUCUGGUACUAGUACGGUAAUGGUUGUGAGCAGACUGAUUGCUCGCUCAAUCUUGGAAUAAGAUUUAUGUAAAAAAUACUUUUAAGGAAUAAUUCAACAUUUGGGGAACUACACUUAUUUGCUUUCUGUCCGAGAGUAAUAUGAGGAGAUUGAUCAAUCUCAUAUCUGUGCAUUAAGCACAGAGUUGGAGUCAGGUCGUGGUUAGCCUAGCUUAGCAUAAAGACUGGAAGUAAAAGAAAACAGCUAGCCUGGUUCUGUCUAGAGUUCAACAAUUCACCUAACAACACCUCUAAUGCUGACUACCUAACUGUGUACACAAAGAGAAAUGUAAAAAUUACACUUUUCUGGAGAGUUACAUGCGCAAACAAUUCUCUUGGAAAGAAAGCAAUAUGCAUAAUUGCCACAAUGUUGCACUAUUUCUUUAAUAUGAUUAAGACAGUGGACUGUCCUAGAAGACUGUCCAGCAAGACUGUAACUAUGUUACUGGAAUGUAAGACAAUGCUAUUAUAUAUUAUGUCAUGUAAGUCUAAUAGGAUCCAACAUGAGCAGUUACAAAAUAUAAUACAGAACUGAUUCUGUAAAACUGUCUUAUUGGAUUCUUGGCGUAGGUUUAGGUUUAUUGUUUUGUUUUUUCUAUCAGAUUUAUAAUCAGUUGACAUGAGCUACUAGCUGUUUUUAAUGAUUAACAGCAGUAACGGUUUGCUGUUUCUAUUGCUGUAAAUGGACAUUUGUAUCUUUAUACUCAUCAGUAUAUCCUGUGUGUGAACCCAGACUGAUGGUUUGGGUUGUUAGCUCUGUGGAAAAUGCUAAUGUUUAGCAUAGACUAAAAGACAUUUUCAACCAGGCCUGGAGCCAAUCCACCAACUAGUCCAUCCACGACCUGAACAGACACCAGGGUUCAGUCUAUAGCCCACUGAUUAUUAUUUAGUAUUUAGUUGGCUAGAAAUGUUGUAAUUACAUUUUAAACUCCAUUUCUAUGUUUCAAUGGAUUGACUCCAGGCUUCACGUCUUUUUGGUACUGUACAAGACUUCUAACAUUUUGAUAGAAAGUGGUUAUAAACAAGCUGCUGUUAUGUGAAUACCUUGGAACUCCAGUUUAGAUGUAAUUUUCCACUUUGUUUCAUAAUCCAGGAUUUCAUUGUAAUUUGUAUAAAUGCACACCUGUUAAUCCUGAAAGCCAGCUGUCUACUUUAGUCCUGAGAAGUUGUAUUUUUUGGAUGUAUGAGGUUUUUACUUUGGAAGUUUGGGACCUUGGUUAUACACCUGAUGUAUGUAUGCUGAUAGUUGUAGGAAACUUUGACAUCUGCACCAACCGCAGUUCUAGCUAUAGUCUUCAUUAUAGCUUAGAUCUGCUUUGCUUGCUGUAAGACCCAGAAAUGAGUCAAUGGUAACCACAUUUUUAGUGAAUGUUAGUGUUCUCUAAAGCUAUCAGCAUGAUUGGUAAAUGACAGAUAAAUGGAAACAUCAGAAAUCCCAAAACCUUAAGAGCAAAAAGCAGAGAGUGAGAGUUUGUUUUUGGCUGCCAGCAUUAGCUAGCGUAGCUAGCGAGGCUUCAUUUUCCUACGAUCGUGCCCAGUGGAAGACUGAAUUGUCAUUUGACUCAAAUGUCAUUUGAUGGAGCCAGAAAUUAUGUUACAACUUAUAUUCAGUGUGUAUUUAUGGAAUUCAUUGUCUGUGUGGUCACUCUCAGUGGCAAUGUUUGCGUGUACACUGUUCACACUGUUAUUAUAUUUUAUUCUGUUGCACAGUAGGUUUAUUGUAUUGUUAGCUGGCUUAUACACACCAUAUGCUAUUAGAGUAAGUCUGAGAAACUUUCAGGGUGGCACCAUGUUCCAAACAAAUUCAAAUUUGGUAUGUUCUUACAGGCAAAAUUGCCAACAAACCAAAACCAGUGACUUGGCUUCACAGUUUGCAUGAGCUAGCUAGCAGAAAAAAAUCCCCAAAAUUCUUUUGACCAUCUCAAUAUUUGUGUUGUUUUUACAUGUUAGCUAGCUAAUGCUAAUUACCAUGUAAGUUAUUGUCAAAGUUUGCACUCUGUGCUUUAACCUUAACUGGGAUGCAAGUCUGUAUCCAAAUAAUGUGUACAUGUAAAGAUAGCUACUAUUAAGUUGUCUCAUACAAUCUGUGACUGUAACACUACGUUUCACAUGAACCCUCAGUCCGCUCCUAUUUUUCCCUUCUCCACAGAUUGGACAGAUGUGUGGACAACAGAAUUGUUGGAUUGAGGCAUGUUUUCAAAAAACAGUCUGAAGUAUUGAUUUGCAUUAGGAUUAGGAUUAUUGUGCCAUCAUAUUUGGGCUAGCAGGUCUAUGUUGAGGGCUAACUGCAGUGUGGAUGAAUGAAGUGUGUGACUAGACUGAGCUGUUACAUUUGAAUGGACUCUGUGAACAUGUACAACAGUGACAGUGUACUGAUAACGACAGACAUCAUAAAGUUUCUGUUUUCCAGUGGUGUCUCUGUAACAAAUUAAAAGUUUGAUAUCAGA